AUGGGCAAGCUCACCAGCACGAUCGGAAUCCCGAUCAAAUUGCUCAAUGAGGCGCAGGGCCACGUCGUCACGCUAGAAAUCACUUCGGGGGUGGUGUAUCGCGGAAAACUUCUUGAGGCCGAAGAUAACAUGAACGUCCAACUGAAAGAUAUCACUGUCACUGCGCGCGACGGUCGCGUGUCGCAUCUCGACCAGGUGUAUAUCCGCGGCAGCCACGUGCGGUUCUUCAUCGUGCCGGACAUGUUGCGAAACGCGCCCAUGUUCCGUUCUCGAGGCCAGCGCGGCAGAGGUGUCGGUCUUGCUCGUGGUAAGGCCACGGUGCAGCGCGCGAGGGGCCAGAGGAGAGGGUAG